AUGAGAAAACUGGUGAAUGCAGUGAAUUACAACCUGGACAUCAUAAAUAACAGCACCCACGAGUACAAUUAUGACCACCUUGGCUGGACCAUAGACUUUAGGGUUCCAGUGGAUGGCACGCCCCCUCCUCCUCACAAGCAGCCUGGGGAUAUUGCAGCCCUGGUCAUCUACUCAGCCGUGUUCCUGGUGGGAGUUCCCGGGAACGCCCUGGUGGCGUGGGUGACAGCCUUCGAAGCGAGGCGCACAGUCAAUGCCAUCUGGUUUUUAAAUCUGGCGGUGGCCGACCUCCUCUCGUGCUUGGCGCUGCCUGUGCUGUUCGCGAACAUUUUAAGAGAUAACGACUGGUAUUUCAGCUCCCAGGCCUGUAGGGUCCUACCCUCGCUCAUUCUACUGAACAUGUACGCCAGCAUCCUGCUCCUGGCUACCAUUAGUGCGGACCGCUUCCUGCUGGUGUUCAACCCCAUCUGGUGUCAGAAGUUCCGAGGGGCUGGCCUGGCGUGGAUCGCCUGCGGAGUGGCGUGGGUCGCGGCGUUGCUCCUCACCAUCCCGUCCUUCAUGUUCCGGCAGACCUAUGAGGACAGGUACUCGAAGAAGACGAUAUGUGGGGUUCACUACGGUGAGGGUGACACCAAGACUGAGAAGGCUGUGGCCAUCCUGCGCCUGAUCAUGGGCUUCGUGUGGCCCCUGCUCACUCUCAGCAUCUGUUACACUUUCCUCCUGCUCAAGGCCUGGAGUCGCAAGGCCACUCGCUCCACCAAGACGCUCAAGGUGGUGGUGGCCGUGGUUACCUGUUUCUUUGUCCUCUGGCUGCCCUACCAGGUCACAGGGACGGUGAUGGCUUGGCUGCCCACGACCUCACCCACCUUCAAGAAGGUACAGAGGCUGGACUCCUUCUGUGUGGCCCUGGCCUACAUCAACUGCUGUGUCAACCCUAUCAUCUACGUGGUGGCCGGCCACGGUUUCCACGGGAGACUCCGCAGGUCACUCCCCAGCGUCAUACGGAACGCGAUCUCAGAGGACUCCGUGGGCAGGGACAGCAAGACUUUCACGCGUUCCACAAUGGACACCAUGACCCAGAAGAGUCAGGCAGUGUAG